AUGCGCCCCGCCGCCGCCGACGAGAGCCCCCUCGUCGAUCUCACCGCCGCGCCGUCCGCACCGCCCGCUGCCUCCUCGGGCCCGGCCGCGUGCGCCCCGGGAUUCACGCGCGCGGUUCGCUGCAACGGGCCCGGGUGCUCCUCCUACUCGUCCUCCGCCGACGGCAGCGGCAGCGGCGGGGAUGGCGGCGCGGGCGCAGGCGCGUACCCGGGGAACGCGAUCUCGACCACCAAGUACACGGCGGCGAGCUUCGUGCCCAAGUCGCUGUUCGAGCAGUUCCGCCGCGCCGCCAACUGCUUCUUCCUCGUCGUUGCCUGCGUCUCCUUCAGCCCGCUAGCGCCAUACCGGGCCGUCUCCGUCCUGCUCCCGCUCGUCGUCGUCGUCGGGGCUGCCAUGGCCAAGGAGGCCGUCGAGGACUGGCGGCGCAAGCAGCAGGACAUUGAAGUGAAUAACAGGAAGGUUGAGGUUUAUGAUGGCACCCAAUCAUUUCAUCAGACGGAAUGGAAGAAGCUUCAAGUUGGUGAUAUAGUUAAAGUGAAAAAGGAUGAGUUCUUCCCUGCUGACCUUGUUUUGCUUUCUUCGAGCUAUGAGGAUGGAAUAUGCUAUGUUGAGACAAUGAAUCUUGAUGGAGAGACAAACUUGAAGCGAAAACAAUCAUUGGAGGUGACUGCAGGCUUGAACGAGGAGCAUUCUUUCCACACCUUCAAAGCUUUCAUUCAAUGUGAGGAUCCAAAUGAGAAAUUAUAUUCUUUUUUAGGGACAUUGCACUAUAAUGGGCAACAAUAUCCUCUAUCUCCACAGGAGAUCCUGUUAAGGGAUUCAAAGCUUCGGAACACAAAUCAAAUAUAUGGCAUUGUAAUAUUCACGGGGCAUGACACAAAGGUUAUGCAAAAUGCAAUGGAGCCACCAUCAAAGAGGAGUUCUGUUGAACGAAGAAUGGAUAAGAUAAUUUAUCUUCUUUUCGUAAUUCUAUUUGCUAUUGCAUCUUUUGGUUCGAUUAUGUUUGGUAUCAGAACGAGGGAUGAAUUAAAUGCAGGGAACUAUGCGUGGUACCUUAGGCCAGAUAAUUCAACCAUGUACUUUGAUCCAAACAGAGCAACUUUAGCAGCCAUUUGCCAUUUUCUAACAAGUCUCAUGCUGUAUGUUUGCUUGGUGCCCAUUUCAUUAUAUAUAUCAAUAGAGAUUGUUAAAGUCUUACAGAGCACAUUCAUAAAUCAAGACCAGAAUAUGUAUUGUGAAGAGUCUGAUAAGCCAGCAAGGGCUCGCACAUCAAAUUUGAAUGAGGAACUUGGUCAAGUGCACACUAUACUCUCUGACAAAACAGGAACCUUAACAUGUAAUUCAAUGGAGUUCUUGAAAUGUUCCAUUGCUGGUGUUGCUUAUGGGAAUAGGCCUAUAGAAGUGCAGGUACCUUAUGGAGGGAUAGAGGAAGACUGUGCUGAUAUUGGGCAUAAGGGUGCUGUUAGAUCUGUAAGAUCAGUCAAGGGAUUCAACUUCACUGAUGAUCGUUUGAUGAAUGGACAAUGGAGCAAAGAAUGCCAUCAAGAUGCGAUAGCGAUGUUUUUCCGUGUGUUAGCUGUCUGUCAUACUGCAAUUCCUGUUGCAGAUAGAAAUUCUGUUGGGAUAUCUUACGAGGCUGAAUCGCCUGAUGAAGGAGCUCUUGUUACAGCUGCAAGGGAGCUUGGUUUUGAAUUUUAUCAUAGGACACAAACAACCAUAUCAGUGCAUGAGUAUGAUCCUGUCUUCAGUAGAAAAGUGGAUAGAACCUAUAAGCUACUGAACACCUUAGAGUUUAGCAGUGCCCGCAAGCGUAUGUCUGUUAUUGUGAGGACGGAAGAGGGUCGUUUAUUUCUGUUCUGCAAAGGGGCUGACAGUGUUAUUCUUGAGAGGCUCUGUAAGGAUAAUGGAAAAGCUUGUUUGACAAAUACAAAGUGCCACAUCGAUGAGUAUUCCGAGGCAGGUUUGCGGACCCUGGCUCUUGCAUAUCGUGAACUUACCGAGGAUGAGUAUGUUGCAUGGAAUACAGAGUACUCAGCUGCAAAAAAUUCUGUGCAUACUGAUCAUGAUGCAGCUGUUGAGAAGGCAUCAGAAAAAAUUGAGAAAGAUUUGAUUCUAUUAGGUGCUACUGCUGUGGAGGACAGAUUACAAAAGGGGGUCCCAGAGUGUAUUCACAAACUAGCCCAAGCUGGAAUUAAGAUCUGGAUUCUAACAGGUGACAAAUUGGAGACUGCUGUUAACAUAGGUUAUUCUUGCAACCUCCUGAGGAAAGGGAUGGAGGAAGUUUAUAUAACUCUGGACAACCCAAGUACAAAUGCUCCCGAGGAACAUAAUGGAGAAGGAAGUGGAAUGGAUCCAUACGAACAAAUUGGUAAAAAGUUAGAAGAUGCACGAAACCAAAUUUUGCUGAAAGGAACUUCAGCUCCAAUUGCUCUUAUAAUUGAUGGCAAUGCUCUAACACAUGCUCUUACGAGCAGUCUUAGAAGUGCAUUUCUGGAUCUAGCAAUUGAUUGUGCAUCUGUAUUGUGCUGUCGGAUCUCCCCUAAACAGAAAGCACUGAUCACCAGGCUGGUUAAAACAAGGAUAAGGAAAACAACAUUAGCAAUUGGCGAUGGAGCAAACGAUGUUGGUAUGCUACAGGAGGCUGACAUUGGGGUCGGAAUAAGUGGUGCUGAAGGAAUGCAGGCUGUGAUGGCAAGUGACUUUGCUAUAGCUCAAUUUCGUUUUUUAGAGCGGUUACUCCUUGUCCAUGGUCAUUGGUGUUAUCGCCGGAUUGCAGCAAUGAUAUGCUACUUUUUCUUCAAGAAUAUCGCAUUUGGCUUUACACUCUUCUGGUUUGAAGCUCAUGCUAUGUUCUCAGGCCAGCCUGGUUACAACGAUUGGUUCAUAUCUUUCUACAAUGUUGCUUUUACGUCUCUCCCUGUCAUUGCUCUAGGUGUCUUUGAUAAAGAUGUCUCUUCCCGUGUUUGCCUUGAGGUCCCUUCAUUACAUCAAGAUGGCGUGGACAAUUUAUUCUUCAGCUGGUCUCGUAUACUCAGCUGGAUGUUGAACGGAGUGUGCUGUUCAAUAAUAAUAUACUUUGGUUCCCUCCAUGCCAUCCUCAUUCAGGCUGUCCGACAGGAUGGCCGUGUUGCUGGAUUUGAUAUCCUUGGAGUGACCAUGUAUACUUGCGUAGUCUGGACGGUCAAUUGCCAACUUGCACUCUACAUCAGCUACUUCACCUGGAUACAGCAUUUUGUCAUCUGGGGCAGCAUACUGAUUUGGUACACUUUUCUGGUCAUCUAUGGCUCAUUUCCUUCAGCAAUAUCAACCAGCGCAUAUCAUGUUUUCUGGGAAGCUUGUGCUUCUUGUCCUUUAUACUGGUUAUGCACUCUAGUCAUUGUUGUGACAGCCUUGAUCCCAUACUUCCUCUACAAAGUUGCACAGUCACUGUUUCAUUCACAGCGUUGUGAUCAAGUUCGGAGAACUAACUCAAAAGAAUUGGUGAGGCAAUAGUAUGGCACUGGAGGGGUUCAAUGGAUAGAUUACUCUAGUAUCUUGACAACUUUACAGUUCUGUUUAUAAACCAUGAUAUUUUAGAUGGUGAAUACAGCAUCAAAGCAAAAAUAGCUAGUUAAUGUAUUAGAGUUAGAUUCUGUACAUACUUGAGUUCAUACCUAAAAAAAUUAGGGUCAAUCUAUAGUGUCGCAUUAGUUGAUAUGGGAAUGGAAGUGAUUGCGUUCACAGGCUCAUUUGUGUCCAUGUUUUGAACGUAAUGUGGGUAAAGUAUUGUACUGGUAAAGUACAGUUGCUUUA